UAAGCUCUGGGCCUCGGGCCUCGGCCCUCUCUUCGAUGGCAUACUCUUUCGGAAACAUUUCGAGCAGACUUUUACCAAAUAUAUAAUUAAUACGAACGAGUAAUUGGUAAACUUUUGAAUGGAAAUGGAAUACUUUUGGAAGAAUUGGAGAGGAGCAUGGGAAUCAGUUGCCUUGGAGUCAUAAUUCAAGAGAUGCGAAGGGAUUUCAUUGGCCUACUAGUAUCGCCAUAAUACCAACAAAAAAACGCCCAAAAAACCCAAAAAAACCACCCAAAAACGAUGCUAAUUUCUGACCACGAAAGGAAUUUCUUUCCGGGCCGUUCCCAGAAACGUUUUCCCUGGAACAUUUUUGGAACAUCACCGAUUUUGUUAUUGUGGUGCAGCCAUUUUGUAUUUUUGGCUGCUGGGGGCCUUGUGAGCGACGACGAUUUGGCGGCUUUUGUGCGACGCCUGGUUUUAUGUAUGUAACUGGCCCCAAUCGCUAGUCCCCCAAAAUCAAUUCCCCUCCCCCCCCUCCCCCACCCCCCUUCCCACACAAAACGUCAAUUGCACGAGCGAGCGCGUCAAUAUUUUUGUCAAUUUUUUCGACGGCCUCUUACAAAUUGCUUUUUGAGCUUGUUAGUUUUUCGGCGCACACACACACACACACACACACACACACACGCACAAGGCGGCAACCUGUCAAAGCGAUCCGCGGUGUUUCAUCUGCACCGCUAACAACAGCAAUGAGACGAACCAUUAUGCGGGUAGCAGGAGAUGUCCAGCAGCCAGGAGCGUGCCCAGCUUGCCGGCCCAAUAAUGAAGGUUAUGCAGCUCAACCUCAACCACUGCGCUGCGGCUCAAGACCUGCUGAGCCAAUCCAUAAGAGAAUUGGCAAUUGACCUCGCCAUCCUCAGCGAGCCAUAUCAAACUAGGGAGUCCCCUGGGUUCAUCUUGGAUGCCACCAAAAAGGCCGCGAUAUGGCUAUGCGGGGCCACGCCAUUGCAGCUUUCCCUCUCAAGCGCUGCUGCUGGGUUUGUGCGCGCCAAGGUCGGAGGUGUGUGGAUAUACAGCGUCUACCUUGCCCCAAGCCUGACGCUCUCCGAGUUCGCAGGUACUCUAGACAACCUAGCGGCUGAUGCUAGAGGACGUCACCCAAUAGCCAUUGGAGGGGACUUCAACGCGUGGGCUGAGGAGUGGGGAAGCGUGGCGACGAAUGCGAGAGGUAGAGCUCUGCUGGAGAUCAUUGCGCCCCUGGACAUCGCGCUCCUCAACGAGGGAAACCAGCAUACCUUCUCCAGAGCAGGAACAGGAUCGGUCAUCGACCUUACAUUUGUCAGCAGCUCACUUUUUAAUUCAUCGGGCUGGAGCAUCAGCAACAUCUACACAGGGAGCGACCACAGGGCAAUUAUAUGGGACACAGGCCAACAGACGUGUAGCGUAGAGACAGCUGCGCCCAGAUGGAGAUGCUAUCGCGCCGAAACGCUCAAUACGGCCCUGUUCAUGGAGCUUAUGUCCAACCUCACGGCGAAUGGAAAUGCUGAAUGCAUGGCCAACCAUGUCAUGGAGCAUCUGGAGGCAGCAUGCAAUGCCACCAUGGCGUAGAGGAAGCACUACGGUCGCCACCACC